UAAAAACAAUAUUAAUCGCAAUAACGAAGUAGGAAACCUCGAAAAGUUUUAUCAUUCUAUCCGAUCGAGAGUCACAGGAGCGUUUGAUGGAAUUGCCAACGACGCUGUAGAACGUUCAAUUGACCAUCUGUCGACAUGUGUGUGUUUGCGUGUCUCGUUUGAAAAGAAGCAAUGAGAAGUCACGUAAGGACUGAGGAGGAAUAAAAAUACCUUCUAACGACAAACGUAGGAAGCGGAAAAUUCAACGCCAUUUUACGCACGCCGAGAUCCGUAACCGAGAUUACGCGGAUCAGUCAAGUGUCGUUUGACGUAGUAACGAAAACAGUAGUCAUUGCUGCUUGUUCGAGCAUUUCGCAUUCGUAGUUCAUCGUAUCAAGACGUUAACAAUUCGACAAGAACAUGUACUGUAUCGGACUAGCGUUGAUCACAAGGAUCAUCAGCACCUACACCAUGUCGCUGUCAAUACUUAUGAUAAACUUGUUGAUGAGCAGAUAUUUUUCGAGAAUAACGGACGAAGAAUUCUUUAAUUCCAUUGAAAGUUGGGGUAUACUUGGUUUUAAUUGGUUGCAAGUUUUAAGAAACUUACAAAUAAAGUACAAAGCACAAACAGCCGUGAUUUUCUUCCUCGUAUACAUAGUUUCGUUUCUACUGGCCAGUGCGUAUCUCGCCUUGGGAUCAAUUUCCAGGAAACCUAAGUGCGCCGUGCCUUGGAUUUAUUUGCAAGUGAUUAGCAUAAUAGAUCAGUCUGUGGCAUUGUCUAUUCAUCUGACGCACAACCAGCAAUAUGAUGUUUACGAUAAAUCAAUAUGGUACAUUCCAUUGUGCAGUGUCUAUCUAGUAUUUUCUGCGUGCAUAUGGAUGGUUGUAUAUAAUGCACGGAAAGAAUGGAUCGAGGAACAACAGAAUCGUACAGAUUUACCACUAACUUCAACCACAUCGACGAUGCAAUCGAACAUUGGCGGCGGAUUAAAAUCACCAUCGUUCCUCUCGCAGAAUUUUUUGAUAUUCGAUUCACCGAGACUACCUCCGAUAUUAUCCAAAUAGCUAAUACACGCAAACCUGUGGACUCUUUGGACUUUGUCCCUAUAUUGCACUUUCCAACAAGAAAAAGACCAG